AUGACAACACCAGCAGAUCAAGCAAAAUGGCGAGCGCUUAUGAAAUGGACAAUGAAACAAACGACCAAUUCUUCUACUAAUGCUACAACAACAAUACCAUCCACUGGUGUCCAACCUAUUUCAGAAGACAAGCGAAAGUUCUUAGAAUUAGUCAUGAAUGAAGGUGUGAUUGAUGAGAAUGAACGUAUAAAAGAGAUGUUACGUAUUCUACAAGGUGAAGAUCCACGCCUUGUUUUUGCAUCAAAGGACGGUGUGAUUCAAGAUGAAGAAGAUACUGUGACAACAUCAUUGGAGGACUUGAGACAGUAUCAAGACACCUUACUAGAUGAACUCUUGAUACGCAUUGAUCAGAUUGAUAAUGCACAAAACUUUGUCAAAAUGGGUGGUCUACGUGUCAUGAGAAACGUGAUUGAAAAGUAUGAACAUGUUUCAUCUCGUGCAUUGGCUGCUGAAGUUUGUGCGGUUGUUGUACAGAAUAAUCCCUUUUGUCAGGAUGCAGCAGUAGCAAGUGGUCUAGUGGAAGUGCUUUGCACAAUGGCUCGUAAUGAAAAGGACGUUACUUGUCGUGUGAAGGCUGUACUAGGCAUUUCAUGUCUUGUGCGUCAUCAUGCUGGAGCGGAAAAGAGGUUUCUUGAUGCUACGUGCAAUGGUUUGGAUCUCUUGCGUCGGAACUUGGAAGGUGCGAUGGAUAUUCGACUACAGCGCAAAUCACUCUUCUUGCUUCGAUAUUUGAUUCGCAAUUCACGAUCCACAGCCGAUAGGGUCUUGAAGGAGAAUUUUUACAUUCAAGCCGUCGCGGCAUUUAUCACACACGAUGAUGUCGAACUGUGCGAAAGUUCUGUGGAAGGCCUGGUAGAGUUUGCCAUGAUUGCCCCUAACUUCAUGGCGGCCUGUAAGAAACCAGAGUUGAACCUGUUAGCCAAGUGUGACCAGCGUAUCGAGCAGAUCAAUGCACUAGAUGGUGAAGAGAAGGACUAUGCACAGGAAACGAGGGCUCGUGUGGAACAUUUGAAGAAAGUGUUGACUGUCUAA